AUGCAGAAUGACGAUGGAUAUCUCGUUAUUCCCGGAGACGAGCCACCUGAUGAUUUACUCGCUGCUGUGGAAGCUGAGAUAUCGUCACCCCCUAGGAGAUGUGGACCGAAUGGGCAGCAGCUUAUGAAGUUCGGCGUGAAGCUUCCUCAUGAAGCAUGGUUCCAGGAAUACCUCGGAUGCUCGUCCUCCGACGCCAAAAAGGUCGGCGAGACAAGAGUCAGGUUGUUCAAUAACAAUCGACCAGGGCGAUUUGUUCCCGGUCCUCCUGGGACUGUGCUUAUAUACAGAGCAGCGACUCGACAUGGUCUCAGCCCUGAAACGGGAUUCUUUAGAAUUGUACCCAGGUCGCAUCGAAUGACAGCCGCCGAAAUAAAACGGGCCAAAUCCAUAUCGAUCACCCUGAGCGCCAGAGAUACGCUGUACAUGCCGGCCAAUACAACUAUCGAAUAUAUUAUAUCUGGAGAGAGUGUGGCACUUUGUGAGGCUCUAUCUUCCUCACUCGACAAUAACACCGAAAUGGAGAUUUGA